GCAAUCACCAAAUAUACACCCAUCACACAAUGGCAAUCCUCGUUCGCAGACACAGUAUCGACUUCGAGAUAUUUCUGCCCGGUAGCUUUCCCCACCUUUAUGCGUCUCGCAUGCGUCUUCUCCAGUGCUGCUAAAUCCCAAAACCCAAUCAAAACCCUUUUCCGCCGUCACCGCUCCCUCGCGGUCUCCGCCUUGCCCAUCAUGGCUGACUCCGAGGAGUCGCUCCGCCGAGCUCUUUCCGAGAAACAGGCCGCCGUCGACGCCCAGGCCGAGGCCGUACGGGCACUCAAGGCACGGCCCGCAUCCGCCCCGUCCGAGAUCGACGCCGCCGUUGAGGCCCUCAAGGCCCUCAAAGUGGAGGCCGCCGCCGCCGCCAGGCGCCUCCAGGCCGCUGUCAGCAGAAAUGGCGACGGAUCCACUGCCGGCAGUAGGGAGGCCUUCCGCCAGGCCGUCGUCAACACGCUCGAGAGGCGGCUCUUUUACAUCCCAUCCUUCAAGAUCUACCGCGGGGUCGCUGGGCUCUAUGACUACGGCCCUCCUGGCUGUGCAGUCAAGUCUAACGUCCUCGCCUUCUGGCGUCAGCAUUUUGUCCUAGAGGAGAACAUGCUGGAGGUUGAUUGUCCCUGUGUCACUCCUGAAAUUGUUCUCAAGGCAUCUGGUCAUGUUGAUAAGUUCACUGAUCUAAUGGUGAAGGAUGAGAAGACAGGUACUUGCUAUCGAGCUGACCACCUACUUAAAGACUAUUGCAAAGAGAAGCUCGAGAAGGAUCUUACAUUGUCAGCUGAGAAGGCUGCGGAGCUUAAGCAUAUACUAGCUGUGUUGGACGACCUUUCUGCUGAUGAAGUGGGUGCCAAGAUUAAGGAAUAUGGUAUAGCAGCUCCGGACACCAAGAACCCACUGUCUGAUCCUUACCCCUUUAAUCUCAUGUUUCAGACUUCCAUCGGCCCAUCUGGCUUGAGCCCUGGGUAUAUGAGGCCAGAGACGGCACAAGGUAUCUUCGUGAAUUUUAAAGACUUGUAUUAUUACAAUGGCAACAAGCUUCCAUUUGCAGCAGCUCAAAUAGGCCAAGCCUUUAGAAAUGAGAUUUCACCACGCCAAGGUCUUCUGCGAGUUCGUGAAUUUACAUUAGCAGAGAUUGAACACUUUGUGGAUCCAGAGGACAAGACCCACCCAAAAUUUGUUGAUGUUUCUAACUUGGAGUUCUUGAUGUUUCCUAGGAAGGAGCAAAUGGCAGGUGAAUCAGCAAAACCAAUGAUCCUUGGUGAGGCAAUUUCAAAGGGAACUGUCAACAAUGAAACACUUGGCUACUUUAUAGGACGGGUGUAUCUCUUUUUGGCUUGCCUCGGGAUAGAUAAAGAUCGAUUACGCUUCAGGCAGCAUUUGCCAAAUGAGAUGGCUCACUAUGCUGCUGACUGUUGGGAUGCAGAGAUAGAAUGCUCUUAUGGUUGGAUUGAAUGUGUUGGAAUUGCUGAUAGAUCUGCUUAUGAUUUACGGGCUCAUUCAGAGAAAAGUGGUGUCGCUCUGGUUGCUCAUGAAAAGUUUUCAGAAUCCAGAGAGGUGGAGAAAUUAGUUAUUGUGCCAUCAAAGAAAGAACUUGGUCUUGCAUUUAAGGGCAACCAAAAGAUGGUAGUUGAAGCAUUAGAGGCCAUGAGUGAAAAAGAGGCACUGAAAAUGAGAGCAUCUUUGGAAUCUAAAGGAGAGGUGGACUUCCAUGUGUGCACUCUUGGAAAAGCUGUUGUCAUAACCAAAAAUAUGGUGUCAAUUAGCAUCGAGAAGAAGAAAGAACAUCAACGGGUUUUCACACCCUCAGUUAUUGAGCCAUCUUUUGGAAUCGGAAGAAUAAUUUAUUGCCUUUUUGAGCAUUCUUUCUACACCCGACCGAGCAAGUCAGAGGAUGAACAACUGAAUGUGUUCCGUUUUCCUCCUCUUGUGGCUCCCAUUAAGUGCACUGUUUUCCCACUGAUCAAGACACAGAAAUUUGAUGAUGUGGCUAAAAUCAUAGCAAGGUCACUCACAGCAGCUGGGAUUUCUCAUAUUAUAGAUAUCACAGGGACAUCAAUAGGAAAGCGGUAUGCCAGGACAGAUGAGAUUGGUGUACCCUUUGCCAUAACUGUUGAUUCAACCAAUAGCGUGACCAUCCGGGAAAGGGACAGCAAGGAGCAGAUCCGUGUAAGCAUCGAUGAGGUGGCUAAAGUUGUGAAAGAGGUGACAGAUGGGCAAAGUACAUGGGCUGAUAUUAUGUGGAGGUAUCCAGCACAUGCUGCAUCACUUGUGGAUGAAGAAUAAAACUUUUACGAAGUUAAUACCCAUCAGCCUUGUUGAAAUUUGAAGUAUUUGGCUUUUACAACAUAGACGUUUCGUUCCCCCAAGGGAUAUGAAACUUCAUUAUGCAUGAUAAACAUUUGAUACUAUAAUGACAAAUUUUGUUCUCAUCA